AAAAAGGAAGGGGGUAGUAGUGGAGGUGGAGGAAUGAUACCAAGACAGUUGCUUGAUUUAGUUGCAAGUGGCACAGCCGAAGUAGACGAUCAAGUAUCUAAUUCUUCUUCAGAAGAAAGAACUCGAUCCAGCACACCUCAAAACCAUAAAAACAGCAAUGGCAAAAUGGAGAAUACUGGAGAGGAUUUAGAAUCAUCACAACAAGGUUGGGAAAAUCCCAACAAGUUUCAGAGACUGAACCCUGCCACAGAUCAAUCCACUGCAGAAGCCACCAUGCGAAAAGCUCGUGUCUCUGUCCGCGCCCGAUCAGAAGCCCCUAUGAUCAGCGACGGGUGCCAAUGGCGAAAAUAUGGACAAAAGAUGGCUAAGGGAAACCCUUGUCCUCGAGCAUAUUACAGAUGCACCAUGGCAGUUGGUUGCCCAGUUCGUAAACAAGUUCAACGUUGUGCGGAGGAUAGAACAAUAUUGAUAACGACAUACGAAGGGACGCACAACCACCCACUGCCGCCUGCUGCGAUGGCGAUGGCGUCCACAACGGCGGCGGCGGCUAGCAUGCUUCUCUCUGGAUCAAUGUCAAGCGCUGACGGAAUAAUGAACUCGAGCAUGAUGGCAAGAGCGAUUCUUCCGUCUUCAAGCAUGGCAACGCUAUCAGCAUCAGCACCAUUCCCAACCGUCACACUCGACCUCACGCACCAACCGAACGCGUUGCCUUUGCAGUAUCACCAACGGCAGCAACAACAACAACAACAACAUCCUCACGCGCAAUUGCCGCAAGUGAUUGCACAAGCGCUCUAUAACCAAUCCAAAUUCUCUGGCCUUCAAUUGUCUCAAGAUGUUGGUUCCUCCCAAGCUUCAAGGCUACCGUCGUUGCACCCUAACCAAAAUAAUCCCUUGCUCGCCGACAAGGUCAACGCCAUCACCAACGAUCCUAACUUCACGGCGGUCGUCGCAGCCGCCAUUUCCUCCAUCAUCGGUGGGGCUCAUCAAAAUAACAACGCCAACAACUCCGACGCAAAUCCCAAUAUCAUCAACAGUGCUACAGUCGGCAGCUUUUCAGGAAAUUAGAGUAUUAAAUUUCUUUCUACAUACCUUUUCAAAUUUUUUGGUCUUUUUGGUUUAAAUGUUUUACGUGGGAAAGGGAAAAUGAAUUAAUUAGUGUUCAUAGACUUUGUUGUCCACGUUAUGGUGGUAGGGUUUAGAACAUAAAAGUCUUCAUUCUUUGUUUAUUUAUUUGAUCUUGAAUAAUUCGGAUUCAACAUGUUCAGAGUAAAUAGACAUGCAAAGAAAAAAUGUAAUGUAAACAUCAUAUCUUUAAAUUAUCCGUUUCAUAUUUUAAUAUACUGUA